AUGCAAGUAACCUUCGCCCUGUCAAAUUCGACAGGACGAGCAAAGACUUGGGCCUUAGAGCACAAGCCUCACGACCCAAACGUGUUUGAGUCGUUGGAGAUCUUGAAGUUUCGGAUCAAAGACACGUUUGAGCCGCCGAGAGCCUGGAUCGGAGCACGCCCUGCACUCUUGAGGCUAAAGCAAGGUAAGUGUGACGUGCACGCUUACGCACAGCACCUUCGCUGCCUUGCGAGUAGCGUCACGGAGAACCCUGUUGAUGAGCACAAGCUCAUCAAUGUGUUCAUCUACGGCCUUGUUUAUGGGCCGGUGAAGAUCUACUUGUUCCAAGAGGACUUCCAUGCGCUGAAAUGGGAGAUAUCGUAUGCGGAACAGAUAGAUUUCAGCCUGAGACAGUCCCAGGCUAAUUCCUCAACCGAUCGUCCGAUGAGACGACAGGAAACAGGAGUUCUCGAACCAAUGGAACUCUGCUAUGCCAAGAGCAAGAAAUCUCGCUCUCCGAGUCUCAAGUGA